GGCUGCCAGCGCGACACCGAGUUGAUCCCCCCUCAUCUUCCUCAUUCGAUCUUAAGAAAUUCCAAUGCCAUCAAGACGAUUUGAUGCGACGAGUCUCAAAUUCAAUCACAUACCCCUCUUUCAGACAAGAUGUCGCCAGCUGCCGAUAGCCUAUAGAAAAGAAUGGCGGAUAGUACUAUUGGGUCUAGUUUCGUCGGGGCUGGCAUUCAGCACUCGGGACAAGGUAACUUCAAUGUCAACGGCAACGUGGCAGUUGGUGUUUCAAAGAAUAACUCACUUGCCGACUUGCGAUUGACCGAUCCCCGUGACGAUAAGAAACGUAUAGAGCAGACUAAAGGUGGACUGCUGCGGGAAUCCUACCGCUGGAUCCUCGAUCACCACGAUUUCUUGCGAUGGCGCAACAAUUUCGACAGCCGUUUGCUAUGGAUCAAAGGCGAUCCAGGGAAGGGCAAGACCAUGUUGCUCUGUGGCAUUAUCGAUGAGAUGAUACAACACUUCCCCGAUUUUAAUACUAUGGAUGAGAUAAAGGAGGAGCCUUCCAGUCCUGAUUGUCUUUUGUCUUUCUUCUUCUGCCAGGCUACUGACGAUCGGCUUAACAAUGCGAAAGGUGUACUUCGCGGUCUAAUCUACCUCCUAGUCAAGCAACAGCCAUCUCUUGAGCGCCAUAUCCAGACGAAAUAUGAGCACACGGGCAAGACGUUAUUCGAGGACGUGAAUGCCUGGGUAGCGCUGUCCGGCAUAUUUACCAAGAUAUUAGAGGACCCUAUGCUUCCGACUACUAUAUUGGUAAUCGACGCGCUCGACGAGCUCGACGAACGCGAAGCGCAUCUAACACAACUUCUGAACCUAAUCAUGAACACCCCGCCUGAGUCCAAGGUAAAGUGGCUCUUGUCUAGUCGCAACAAGAUUGAAAUUGAGGAGAAACUAAAAACUGAUCAAUCACGGGCACGGCUGAGUCUAGAGUUGAAGAGCAACGCUGACCACGUCUCUCAUGCUGUCAACGCCUACAUUGAUCAUUGUAUCUCGGAAAUACCGGCGUUACAAAAACAAUUAAAUCUUCAAGUCUAUGUUCGUGACCAAAUGCGACAAAAGGCACAUGGAACAUUCCUUUGGGUAGGGUUGGUUGUUCAGGAGCUUAAGAAAGCACGAAGCUUUCAAAUCAAACCCAUCAUCAAUGCAGUCCCAACCGGCUUAGUGGAACUAUACAGUCGGAUGAUACGACAAAUCCAAGGACUCGAGUAUGGCACUCCAGCAUAUUGUCAGCAAGUACUUUCAACCAUCACAACCACAUACCGCCCACUUUAUUUAGAAGAACUUGCGGCAUUAUCAGGUUUACCCGAGGAUGAGUUUGGAAAAGAAGGAACUGAAGCUUUAGUUGAGAUUGUGAAAUUGUGCGGUUCUUUUCUAACAAUACAAGAAGGCCGUAUCUUCAUUAUCCACCAGUCGGCUCAAGACUUCCUCUGUGAAAGAGCGAAAGAUGUCAUAUUCCCUCGCGGAAUUGAGGCUGCCCAUUACGAUAUGUUCUCAAGAUCGAUCCAAAUCAUGUCCCAAACACUUCGACGUAAUGUAUACAACCUCGAUGAUUGGGGAAUAUCUACCAAAAACAUUAUACGCCCAAGACCGGACCCCCUAGGUGCCACGCAGUAUUCGUGCAUUCACUGGGUUGACCACUUCACCGUCUCUCAACCCGAAGGACGGCCACAACACGACGCUUUUCUAGGCUACAGCCUCGCCGACACAUUUCUGAAAAAGCACUACCUUCACUGGCUUGAGGCUCUUAGCAUCCUCCAGAACGUAUCGCAAGGCAUCUCAGCAAUGGUAAAACUCAAUACAUUAAUACCGAACUCGUUCAAGCAGUAUAGCGAGUUUGCCAAAGAUGCAACCCGAUUCGUUAGGCACAAUAAAUUAGCGAUCGAAAGUAGUCCGCUUCAGGUAUAUACGUCGGCUCUUGUCUUUAGCCCAUCGCAAAGCAUAAUACGGCGUCACUUCCAGGGCGACGAACCGGACUGGCUGCUUGUGAAACCGGCUGUAGAAGAUGAAUGGGGCGCAUGCAUAGCGACGUUUGAAGGCCAUUGUGCCCCUAUUAAUGCAAUGGCCUUCUCACCCGAUGGGACACUAUUGGCGUCGGAUUCAAAGAACGGGACGGAGAAGAUAUGGGAUAUAGUGACAGGCACAGAUACAACACCACUUUUGUGCGAAAGAAAGGAGUUUGUCUCAUUAGAUUUCUCUCCCGACGGGAGACUGUCGCUCACAUAUCAUAAUUAUUAUAUUAAUAUCCGGGAAUUAGGGCGUAUAGACCAGGUUAGGUUUACAGCCUACUCACUUAUCUUUACAGCCUACUCACUUAUCUGGCGCGCCAAAACAAUAGAAAAAUUGUAUACGGAAAUAAAAACACGCGAGGCGACACUUCAAGGUCAUACGGACAUUAUUACCUCAAUAACCUUCACACCCGAUUCGGGAAAACUGGCAUUUAACUCUCACCACGGGACGAUCAAGGUAUGGGACUCAAGGACAGGCAUGUGCGUGGCAACAAUAACAGGUCAUAUGGCCACAGUUACCUCAUUGGCCUUCUCCCCCAAUGAGAAACAGUUGGCAUCCGGCUCUCAUGACGGGGCGAUCAAGGUAUGGGACUUGGGGACGAGCAUGUGCGUGACAACAAUAACAGGUCAUAUGGCCACAGUUACCUCAUUGGCCUUCUCCCCCAAUGGGAGACAGUUGGCAUCCGGCUCGUUGGAGGGGACGAUAAAGUUAUGGGAUAUAACAAUGGAUAUGUCUGCAACACAAUCCGAAGACUACAUGAACAAAACCUCCAGAAUAGUCUUCUCGCCCGAUGGAAGCCAACUGGUAUUGGGUGAUCGCGAUACAUUUAAGCUAUUAGAUGCUGCAACAGACAGGUGUAUAGCAACGCUCAAAGGCUAUGGCGACUGUACUUCCCCAAUUCUAGUCUUCUCACCUGACGGUGGCCGGAUAGCGCUGUAUGCGGAUAAUGCAGUUAACAUAUUGGAUACUGCGACAGGCACGUGUAUAAGAGUGUCAGACGGCUAUUACGACGUUUCGACUAUGUGUUUCUCGUCUGAUGGGGGCCGCCUAGCAAUAUCCUCUGGCUGGAACCGGUCAGGGUCAAUCGUAUCCACGAUUAAAGUAUUGGAUAUAGCGACAAACACGUGUGUAACGACGUUGAAAUGCGAGUGGAUUAGAAUAGACCAGAUGGUCUUUUCCCCUGACGAGAGUCGCCUGGCGUUGCGCCUGUCCAAUAUAGUCGAGGUUUGGAAUAUAACAACAAACAGGUAUAUCACAACAUUUACGACCCAAUCUAUUCGGAACCCCUCAAUGGCCUUCUCAACCGACAUGUGCCGAGUAGUGUUGGCCACCGAAAAUGUGUUCUAUGUAUGUGAUAUAACAACAGGCAGUACGUCAAAGUUCUCAAACGGUAGAACCCCGAUUUCAUCAGCAAUCUUCUUAGCCGACAAGUACUACCCUAGAACAGAUGCAAACGCUAUAGCCCUACAUCCUUUCUUGGAUAUCGACCGCAUAUCUGGUGCUUUCCGGCAGCUGAAUACUUAUUAUAAUCUAAAGAUAGAAGGCGAAUGGAUCGUCUACAACGGCCAAAACCUACUCUGGUUGCCUUUUGAUUACCGCUGCGCCCAAGAUCAGAAUGAGGACGAGAGUUACCAGUACAUCCAUUGGGACACUUCGGCACAAACCAUCAGAGUCCACUGCAAAAGUGGACGUAUUUGGGUGUUAACAUUGCAAACUGAAAACUUGAUGGCCGGGUGGCCAGCCAUACUUCCCGAACCUUCAAGCUAGACUAGAAGAACACAUGACUUGAGAGACUUUCGAGGCCCGUUAAAUCGGUCGGAUCUUCCACUGGGUUAUUCCUCACGUAUAUCAAAUUGGUUGCUUGUAUGGGUAGUUGACCAGAGUACACUGCCUCAUCCAAAUCUACCUAAGCACCCACUCCUCUACCAGUUGGUGUUAAUCCUUAUGGAUACUACUGUCGUUCCAACUAUGCAUUGAUUAGUACUUUUUGUUGUUGGUAUUGAUGAUACUCAGGAUUUAGAUAGGCUUCGCAUGUUAUUUCAGUAAUUUAAAUCGCGUUUUUACCUUGCUAGUGUACCAGGUAAACAGAUAAGACCGUGUAGAAGCGUUACGAUGGUUCGAAAAAACCUU